AUGACUCGAGUCACAACGGAUGCAGAUGGAAACACUUAUCCUGAAGGCGGAUUGGAGGCCUGGUUGGUAGUCUUUGGUAGUUUCAUGGGCCUCUUUGGCUCCCUUGGCUUAGUGAACACCAUUGGAACUUUCCAGGCCUACAUCGAGGAUCAUCAGCUGAAAGAAUACAGCUCUGGAACCACGGGCUGGAUUUUUGGCAUGUACGCCUUCUUGACCUUUUUCUGCGGUGUACAGAUAGGGCCAGUUUUCGACGCCAAAGGUCCUCGAUUUUUGGUCUUUUCGGGCGCCGUACUGGUCGUCGUCAUGAUGGUAGCUUUGGGUUUCUGCACCCAAUAUUGGCAUUUCAUGCUGGUCAUCGGUGUCGCUGGAGGAAUUGGAGCCUCGCUCAUCUUCACCCCUGCAAUAGCCGCGAUCGGCCAUUUCUUCAACGAGAAACGUGGCGUUGCAACUGGCAUUGCUGCCACAGGUGGCUCCGUAGGAGGAGUUGUCUUCCCUCUUACCUUGGAGGCCUUGUUCCCCAAGAUAGGUUUCGCAUGGGCAACCCGGGUAGUUGCGCUUCUUUGCCUUAUCUCAGUGGCCAUUGCGUGUCUGCUGAUCAAGUCCCGGUUGCCCAAAAAGCCCGCUGUAAAGGAGAACAUGCUGCCCGACUUUCGUAUUUUCCGGGAACCAAAAUUCGCUCUUACCACAGCUGGCGUCUUUUUUAUCGAAUGGGGCCUCUUCAUUCCGAUCAGUUACAUCUCGUCCUAUGCCUUGGCUCAUGGCGUUUCCUCCCAAUUCUCGUACCAGAUCCUGGCGAUCCUCAAUGCGGGUUCAUUCUUCGGUAGAGGGAUCCCUGGGUUUGUGGCCGACUAUCUGGGACGGUUCAAUACGCUCAUCGCCACAGUUGCGUUAUGCCUCGUCUGCAACGCGUGUCUCUGGCUUCCGGCCGGCAAUAGUGUACCUGUCAUGGUUGUGUACUGCGUUAUUUUUGGUUUUGCAAGCGGCAGCAACAUCAGUCUGACCCCUGUUUGCAUUUCUCAGCUGUGUAAGAUCGAGAAUUACGGCAGGUACUAUGCUACCGCGUACACGAUUGUGAGUUUCGGCACGCUUACGGGCAUUCCAAUCGCCGGAGAGAUCCUGUCGCGAUGCAAUGGCGAGUACUGGGGCUUGAUUACCUUCACGACUUGCUGCUACGCUCUUGGCCUCGUCUGCGUCACGUUGGUCAAGGUAAUUCACGUUGGCUGGCGUCACCCACUAGCGAUAUACUGA